CUCAUAAUGGGCCAGGAGUUUCCUGCGUCCACACUGUCAGAGAUGGGAGAUAAUGGUCCAGUAGGAUCAAGGUGGAUUAGGAUGACUGUAUAAAGACCAUCGGGCUCCAUCAGACAGCAUCAUCAGACCUGCAGGUGCCCAGCUCUACCAGGUUCUUGAUUGUGUGACGGAACAUCUUCGCUGUUUGCCAAAUGGAAUUGUCUGUGGCCAUGUGUGGUCUCCUUUGCCUGCUCUUCAGCCAAGCUGUGCCCAUGUGUGUGCCCACGGACUACACUCUGUAUGAGGAGAGACGUGAAUGUGACUUCUGCGUGGCCAUCAAUACGACCAUUUGCAUGGGCUUCUGCUACUCAAGGGACAGUAACAUGAAGGAGCUGGCCGGACCACGUUUCCUUAUCCAGAGAGGCUGUACCUAUGACCAGGUGGAGUACAGAACAGUCAUACUACCUGGUUGCCCGCUCCAUGCCAACCCUCUCCUCACCUACCCCGUGGCCCUCAGCUGCCACUGUGGCACCUGCAACACAGACAGUGAUGAGUGUGCCCACAAGGCCAGCAGUGGAGACGGCGCCAGAUGUUCCAAGCCUCUCAGACACAUCUACCCAUACCCUGGCCUGAACAGCUACAUCCACCCCAACUGAUAACGCUCUCCCUUCCCUGGAUAGUUUGGCUGUAAUGACCAUACUGACCAAUACAUUUACAUUUACAUUUGGUCCUUUCAAAUCAAGUUUAUGGUCAGUAGCCUAAUCAUUAUGAUAACAGGACAGCAUUGUCGUACUCGUGUGUUUGUGGUGGAUACAGUGAGCUACAAGGUGGUGUAUCCUAUUCAUUGUGACAUGUAUUGUUGCUGUUGUGUUUGGUAUGUGAAUAUGCCUUUUUGUUUGCCACUUUGCUUGCAAUGGAGGCUAAUCCUGGUAUUUCUGUCUGCCUCAUGUCUUUCCUGUCCAUUGACUCACUGAGCUAUUUUGUUUACAGUGAACCGAUAUCAUGAAUGGGACGUUAUUAAAGCUGAAGUCUGUAAA